UGAAUGUUCGGUUAUUUUGCUUCUUAUGUAGCUAAAUAGCUACAUAGCUUGGGAAAUGGCUGAAUCGUUUGAAGAACGUCUCGUAAAAGCAGUCAAAGAGCAUACGCACUUGUAUGAUACCUCAAUACGUUUACAUUUCGACAAAGAGGCUCUCGAACACAGUUGGCGCGAAAUUGCUACAUAUUUAAACUCCGAUCCAGAUACCUGCAGGAAGAAAUGGAGACUUGCGAGGGACCGUCAUGUGAGAGCACUGAAAAAGUCUAAGGAUAUGCCAGAGGGUGUACCGAGGCCUGGAAUUCUGAGUUGGCUCACCAUUUUUAUCAAACAUCGGCAAACCAACCCAAACUUUCCCGAGAUUUCAGCAGACAGAGUUGAGAGUCUUAAUAGCAAACUGGAUCAGACUCCCAUGUUUUCAGACCAGGCAGGUCCACGGUUCCAUUUAUCUUCUUUCCGUCUCCUGGUUCCUCCUCUACGCCUGAUGUCAGCUUUUAUGUGGCAAGUGGCUCAAGAGCGUAAUGUGAUGCAGUAUGGGAAGCUGGAGGAGUUUGUGACUUUGGUGACAGAGAUGGUUCCAGAGCUGCUGAGCUCCAGGCAGAGGACCCAACUCAUCCUGGGACUGAGAGCAAGGAUGGUUUUAGAGUUGUUUCGCAAUGAAAACCCACCGGAACCCCAGACCAUCCAACUUCAUUUGGACAGAAUCAGAACUUCUUCAGUACAUGCUGUGCACGAGGAUUCACAGAGUAGAAAUGAGUUGGAGGCUUCGGAGUCUAACUUCGUGGAACUUGUCAAAACCCUGCUGGAAGACCCUUCUGAGAAGAAGCACUUCUUCCAGGUGGUGUUCCCAAUACGUUACGGCCCUCGGUAUGACACAGCACUGCAGAUACUGGUGUGGGAGUUCCUCUCCCGACUGGAGGAGCUGCUGCCUGUACCAGACCUUACAGAGACAGCAUCUUGUCUCAGCAUUGCCCCCUCUGACCUGGAGGAGUUCUGGCAUUCUGUCUCUGACCCCGAGCACCUGAAGACACUACUGCAGCAUCAUAGACAUCUGGGAUACUUGAGCAAAAAUAAAUUCUCCAACCAGGUCGCAGACAACAUCUUGUCCACAUUGUCAAUUCCUCAAAUUCACGGCCUGAAGUCAAGUCUCGAUGGACAUGAAGGCAUGAAAGGGAGCACAGAGGGGUGGAAGAUCAACAGUGAGGAAGACCAAGAGGAAGGAGGAGAGUUGCAUUGUGAAAAUAACUUGGAGGAGGAUGAUGAUGAUGGAAGUGAGAGAAAUGAAGACCCUGAGAGAGGAUUAAAGGAUGAAGAUGACGCAAACUGGACCUCCCCUCUGAGUGAACCAGAGGACUCGGAUGAACCGGCUAGUGACAUGCCCUCCCAGGUCUUCUCCUGCCCCCAGUGCCCAUUCUCCCACAGGGAAAUGGUGGACCUUCACCAGCACAUCAGGAAGGAACAUCUAACAGAGGAGGACAGCAGGAGCCUGGACUCUGGAGGAGCUGAGAACUCACUGCCAUCCAGUGAAACAGUAAAGAGCUCCUCAGCCAAGAGGAUCAAUAAGAACACCUGCAAACAGUGCGGGAAGGGUUUCAGAUGCACAACUGACCUGAAACGACACCAAAGUAUUCACACAAGUGUGCAGCCGUUCCGUUGCAACCAGUGUGAGAAGAGAUUCAAAUCGGAGAGAUAUCUACAACUGCACAAGAAGAGUCACGACAUUGAACCGAUGCACAGGCCUAUUUGCCAACACUGUGGCAAGAGUUACACAAGUGCAGCAGUCCUCAAAAUACACAUACGCACACACACCGGGGAGCGGCCUUACUCCUGCUCAGUCUGUGGGAAGAAGUUCAAUCAAAAGCACACAUUAGUUAGACACCUCCGGAUGCACAAAGGGGAACGACCAUACCUGUGUAGCGUAUGUGGGAAGGCUUUCUUUGUUUCUGGGGAACUCUUAGUGCACAUGCGUUUUCACACAGGGGAACGACCUUACCGUUGUAAACCGUGUGGAAAGGCUUUCAGCACAUCAUGCGCUCUCACGUCACAUAAGCGAUGGCACUCAAACGAGCGCCCAUUCACCUGCUCCCUGUGUUCAAAGGGCUUUGCAGAAACUAGUGGCCUUAAAAGACACAUGUUUAUUCAUACUGAGGAGAAGCCCCAUUACUGCCACACGUGUGGGAAAGGAUUUAGUCAGUUGAGCAACAUGAGAAUACAUUUGAAAACUCAUAAGAAAUAAUGUAAUUGGAUCUUUGUCAGACUAAAGUGUAAUGUUUAUUGCUCCUUGAGCUCAUAAAGCCAAAAGUAAGAAAGAGGAGAAAAAAAAGUGUUAUAGGUCAUGUACAUCAUCCUGACAAAGUUUUCACAAUUUAUUGACUAAGUAGCCAUGCUGUUAUUUUCCUGUUGGUAAUGUGAUUGGUUGUUAAGGAACUUAGGCCACAGACUUUACAAUGACAUUGAGGUUUUACUUAGUGCACUACUCUGUGAGCACAGUAGGGGUACAUUUACAUUUUAGUCAUUUAGCAGACGCUCUUAUCCAGAGCGACUUACAGUUAGUGAGUGCAUACAUU